UGAUUCUUUCAGGGCUAGGUAGCACGGGGUACGGUGCACCUCGAUAAAUUUCCCAGCAGAUGCCCACGCCAUCGGGUUCGGGAGUCGGCUGAGGGAGGUCCAAGCUCUUCUUCCUCGGUAAAGGCCCUAGUUUCUUGAUCUUCCGAAACGGUUUCCCCAACAAUUCUUUUGGGGAUGGCUCUUCGGAAGUGUUCCUAGGGCUGGGAUCCAUCCCGGCGUCGUCAAAUCAUAUGACGCGUCCGCUGGUUAUUUCAGUUUUCUUUAGGGUGACGGAACUUCUGAAGAGAUUGAUAUUGACUAGAUCGCUUCGAUCCCGAGGGAAAUGGGUCAUGAGCCUCCUCCUCCCCCUCCGGGAGCCCUUCUGCAAUGGAGAAGUCGGGGCCGACCGCGCAAGAAACAUUAUCGCAUUGAUCCGGUAGAGGGGCGAGUGGUGGGCGAGGAAUCAGCCGAACCCAGGGCGAAUGGUUUCUGUAUAGGUACUUCUUGUUUGGGUAGUAUGGCUCACUCUGAUGAAUUGGGGAGUAAUGCGGCACAAGCUUCUAAUGGAGGUAGCGAUAAGAGUUCGGUGUAUCCUUCGAAAGAAAGCGCGUCUCUGGAAGGAUCCAAUGUUGGAGAAGCCCUCAUGGAGGGAGUCUCACCUGUUAAUUGCAGUGUCGGGGAGUGGCGCGAUGAAGAUUUAGGCGUUGAAGGGGUUUUGCGUAGUUUGGAGAGUAAAUAUGAGAGGAACAUGGGGAAAAGGAGAAAGAUUUCCAGACAACCGAAAAGCUUUCUGGAUAUGCCUCUGCGGAGGAGCGCUCGUAGGCCAAGCACUAUUCAGCCGUCUCCUCCUGAUACUUUUGUUUGUAAGAAUGAACUUGUCUCUGAGAAUGUUGAGAGGCACGGCAAUAAUUUUGAAUCUGGUACAUAUAAUUCUAAGCCCGCAUUGCCGCCUUCAUCCAGUAACCUGGAUGUGGUUGGCCUCCCUGUCCUUGAUCUCUUCUCUGUUUAUUCUUGUUUUAGGUCUUUUAGUAGGUCGCUAUUUCUGAGUCCUUUCCGUUUGGAAACACUAGUGGCGGCAUUGAGGUGCAAUUAUGCUAACCCUUUGAUUGAUUCGAUACACUUCUCUCUUCUGUACGCUCUCAAACCUCAUUUGAAGCUUCUUAUGGAGGAGGAAUUUAAGCCAGCAACCGAUUGCCUUAGGAAUCUUAACUGGGAUAUGUUAGAUUUAGUUACCUGGCCUGUCUUUCUGGUUGAGUAUAUGCUCUUUUGUGGUUCUGCAAUGAGGUCUGACUUCAAGCUUGCUCAUUUGAAGCUCUUGGAUUUUGAAUACUAUGAACAACCAGCUGAAUUGAAGCUUGAGAUUCUUCAUUGUUUAUGUGAUGAUGUUGUUGAAGUAGAAUGGUUGAGGUCAGAGCUUAACAGAAGAGUGAUAGAUUCGGAACCCAAUUUAGAUUCUAACAAUAAUAUGAACUCCUUGAGGAAACGAAAAUAUUCAAUAAUGCAUGAUGGAGAAAGUUCUUUGGCAAGAGAGGAAAUUGCUGACCUUGCUGAUGGAAAUAGUGAUGAAUGUUGUCUCUGUAGGAUGGAUGGUAAUUUAAUAUGCUGUGAUGGCUGUCCUGCUGCUUUUCAUUCUAGAUGCGUGGGAGUGGUAAAAGAUCUUUUACCAGAGGGCGAAUGGCAUUGCCCGGAAUGCCUGGUAGAUAAAGAUGGAGUGGUUAGUUUGUUGAUGCCAUUCAAGGGGGCAGAUUUUCUUGGAAGAGAUUCUCAUGGGCGACUAUAUUAUGGUUGUUGUGGUUAUCUAUUGGUGUCUGAUCCAUGUGAUUCCAGUGCGUUAUGUUAUUAUUACAAUAAGAUUGAUUUAAUUUCGGUCAUCAAUGUCUUGAAAUCAGAACCUUCUGAUGAAAUAAAAAAUGCAAUAUCUGCAUACUGGGGAAUCCCUAUUGAUGAAUGUUGCUCCAAUGACCGAUGUGAAGAUGACGCUCAUAAUCAGAGUGAGAUCAGGGUAGAGAAAGCCCAGUUGAAGUCACUAUCUUUUUCAAAGGAAGAUCGUGUUUGUGAUAACUUUGUUUCGGUAGGAGCGGGAAGCACUGAUCCUAUGAUUGCUGGCUCAAAAAUUUUUGAUAUUUCAUAUUCAAUUCAGCCAAACUCUGUAACCUCCAUCCAACUUGAGAAAAUUCCCACUGUACCUGCAGUUUCUGAACCAGUUGGCGAUUAUUUGGAUGCUACUUCUUAUGACCACCCUGAUGUGCUAAAUGGUAUUGAUUUUUCUAUCAAUCCUACUAUAAACCAAGCCAGAAAUGCUUCACUAAAACCAAAUGUCAAAACUAGAGGUCUGGAUGAAAACUUUCAGAACCCUGGAUGGAAUUCUACUUCUCCGAAGAGGAAAGGUGGCGCUUCUCAGCUGCAACCUGAUCUUUUUAGUUAUGUUAACUAUUAUAGUUUUGGUCAGGUUGCUGCAGACAUGGCUGAAGAGUUAUUAUCCAAAUCUUCAGAGAUUAUCAGUAAAGAUUCUUUGAAACCUGAUGAAGUUAUAAAAUCAGAUCAGCUGAAAACAAUUUAUAAGAAAUUCACACAAUGGAGUUGGUAUAAUUAUUAUAAUCUAAUGGUGUCAAUACGAAAGGAGGAUUGUGGUUGGUGCUUUGCUUGUAGAAGAUCAAUUGAUAUUGAAUGCUUACUCAAGGUUGUUAAUGAGAAACAUUUAGAGGGCAUUAAGUUCAACCAAGCAGAUUCCUCUAACCAUACAGGUGUGGGCUCUGGAAAAAAUAAGAAAGACCACAUAGUUUUUGCAAUGAACCAUAUUUUAUCGAUUGAGGACCGUGUCCGUAGCCUCCUUUCAGGUCCAUGGGAGAAGCUAAAUUAUAGUGAAUGGUGGCGUAGGGCUGUCUUUGAAGCCCAUGAUGUUGCUUCCUUGAAGUUCCUGCUUCUUUCUUUAGAAUCCAAUUUGAGACGUGUUGCACUCUUAGCUGAAUGGCUGAAACCAGUAGAUUCUGACCAGACUGUUGGUUCUGCUUCUUUUAAAUUGACAGGCUUUCAUUGGUGGAGGGGUGGGAAAUUGUCGCGGCAGUUGUUUUGCUGGAAGAUGCUUCCUCGAUCAUUGGCUUCCAAAUGCAGUCGUCAAGGUGGGAAUAAGAAGAUUCCAAACUUAUUUUACCAAGAUGUUUCAGAGUUUGCAAAGAGAAGCAAAAACAUUUCAUGGCGAGUUUCUGUCGAGAUGUCUAACACUAUUGCUCGACUUCUAUAUCAGGUAAAAGAUUUGGACUCAAACAUAAAAUGGACAGAAAUUUUAAGCAAUCAAAAUUUUCCUCACUGCACAAAAGAGGUUAAAAAAAUAGAAAAGCUAUUUAGGCAUGUAUUAGUACGGAGGAAGUGUGUUGAGGGAGCAGAAGUAAGAUAUCUACUUGAUUUUGGCAAGAGGGAGACAAUUCCCGCUACUGUUACAAAGUAUGGGGUAUUAUUUGAAGAAUGCUCUGAUAAGCGGAAAAGAUUUUGGUUGAGUGAAACUCAUGUUCCCCUGAAUUUAGUUAGUGCUUUUGAGGAGAAGAAGUUAUCUCGCUUAGCCAAGAAAAAAGAUUCUGGACACUUGUGUGAAAAGAAAAGCAUCUUUACAACGAAGAAAACCAAAAAUUCUAAAGGACUUUCCUACCUAUUUUCAAGGUUGAGGGACUCGGAAAAGCAUUGCUGUGGUCACUGCAACAAGGAUGUUCUAGUCAGGGAGGCUGUGAGCUGCUGCAAUUGUGAUGGUUUUUUUCACAAAAAACAUUUCAGAGUGCCUAAAGGUGUGACUGUGACUAGUUACACUUGUUUUAAAUGCAAGGACAAAGAAACUACUUUAGCAAAACCAACAUCUCAUAAAGUAUCUGGCUUGAAAAGAAAGGCUUCCAUUGCUAGGAAGGGAAAAAUGGUCACCAUGUCGAAGAUGUCGAAGGAAAAUGAACUUUCCACUUCUAAGCUGGUCUCGAUGGCCAAGUCAAGAAAAUACCAACCAGCCACUGCAGAGAAGUCAAAAGCAAAUACGGUUUCCUUGGCUAGAAGAUCAAGAGAAAAUAUAGUUUCCAUGGCAGUUCAUCGCAGGAAAAAUCCUGUCCGCUUGGCCCGGAAAUUGAGACAAAAUCUAAUCUCAUUGGCUAAAAAUUCAAACAUAAAUCAAGCAAAAACAAGAACUAAAUCAAGAAGUGCUAUAGUGAAAAGGAAAAGGAUGGUGGUUAAAAGUAAGGGACAUGGUAUUUCAUCUAAAAAAGCAGAGUCGCUAAAGUUAGAUAAUUUUAUAAGCUGGUGCACGAAGAAGAGAUCUGUUCUGCGCCAUUGUUAUUGGUUAAAUGGCCUGCUGUGGGUAAAAGGAAUUUCAAAUGAGAGAGGAAAAUCUUUCAGAGAAAAAAUGGUUCUUCUUGGGAUUCAGUCUCAAGGAGAUUUCUCCGUUCAUCCCAUGUGUUGUCUCUGCCGUGAAGAUUUCAAUGCUGGAGAUAUGUUUAUUUGCUGUGAAAGCUGUGGAGAUUGGUUCCAUGGUGAGGCAUUUGGUCUUGAGCUCGAGAGUGUGAGCAAUCUAGCUGGGUUUAAAUGUCCUAAAUGUCGCAGGAGAAAUUUCCCAGUAUGCCCAUAUUCGAAAGAUCCAAAAAGUUGUGUUGUUAAGCUGAACAACGACUGCAAUGUUGCUGGCGUCACUGUGGAUGUUCAUCAUUAAAAAUGCAGAGACAAGUUAUAAAAUGCGACUUGUGAAUGUUGCUUGAUUUAAAUGCUUAUGAAAUUCAUUCAGAGCUGAAAAGAGGAGUUGUUCAUUCAAACUUUGAAGAUGAAAUUGUCUUGUCCGGUCAAAAUAUUUCAGGCUAAUCCAGCACUGUGCAUCCACCUUGGCUUGAAGAAGAACAUAUUGUAUUUUCUAAUGAUGAGAGUGCUUAAAAUAAGGUUGAAAUCACAUAGUAUGGAUGAGAGUAUGAAGAGAACAUCAAGGUCCACUGAAGUGUUUUUUAACUGGACUUGGAUCUUUUUCAGAGCGACACCUAGAAGACGAUGUUUUCAACAUUCAUCAUUAAUGAUGAAGGUGCCAAUGUUCAAGUUAUCAUUAGAUUUAACUGCAUUUGUGCACCUUUCUUAUUUUUUGAUAUUCAUUAUUUAUUAGCUAUUAUUUUCAAAUGUUUUCUGUAGGUUUCUUGCUUUUUUUCAUAACGUGGGUGUUUUGUAACUUCAUAUUUUUUACAUUUUGAAGC